GACUGUCCAGCAAAGAGAAGUGUCACCAUCUUACUUGGAAAAGAAGAACUGGGAAAACACUAACAUCCAGGAAUCUUCCAACGUUGUGAUGCAAGAAGAAUCUACACAGGAGCUCCAUGGGAGCCAACUGUAUGACAGCAAACUAGAAGACCAUGCUGGGCCACUGAUUAAAAGAAGCAGGAAAGCAAUGGUGACAGGAGGUGGAGGCUAUUUGGGAUACAGUCUGGGAUGUGCUCUCAUCAGGUCAGGAAUUGCUGUUGUUUUAUUUGAUGUACAGAAACCUAAAUGGGAAAUUCCAAAUGGAGCAGAUUUUUUCAAGGGUGAUGUGAGGGAUUAUGAUGCACUGUUCAAAGCAUGUGAAGGAGUUGAUUGUGUUUUUCAUGUGGCUGCAUGUGGAAUGUCAGGACUAGAACAACUUCAGAAGAAAGACCAGAUUGAAUCCACAAAUGUUGGCGGCACAAAACUAAUAAUUGAUGUCUGCAAACAAAGGAAUAUCCCUAGACUGAUCUAUACCAGUACCGUGAACGUGGUGUUUGGAGGGAAUCCUAUUGAAGAAGGAGAUGAAGAAACUGUGCCAUAUUUUCCACUGGAAAAGCAUUUUAAUCAUUAUUCUAGAACAAAGGCAAUUGCAGACCAAAUGGUUCUUGCUGCUAAUGGAACUUUACUCAAAGGAGGCGACAAACUCCGUACAUGCGUGCUUCGCCCACCAGGUAUAUAUGGACCAGAAGAGCAGCAUCAUCUGCCACGAGUAGCUGUCAAUAUCCAGCGGAGACUAUUUAACUUCAAGUUUGGGAAUCACAAAGUUCGAAUGAACUGGGUUCAUAUAGGAAAUUUAGUACAAGCUCACUUACUAGCUGCUGAGGCUCUCACCUCUGAGAAGGGUUACGUAGCUAGUGGUCAGGCAUAUUACAUACACGAUGGUGAAAACGUCAUAUUUUCUGAAUGGAUAGUCCCUUUAUUUGAAAAAUUGGGCUACAGGAAACCAUGGAUACAUAUUCCUGUUCUCUUUCUUCGUAUAGCAGCCACUGUGAUGGAAUAUCUGCACCUGGCACUGAAGCCAUUUUUUAGCUUUACACCUUUCUUGACAAGAAAUGAGGUGUGGAACGUUACUGUAACGCAUACUUUUCGAAUAGACAAGGCACGAAGUCAACUUGGUUACAAACCAAAGAAAUUCUCACUAGCGGAUUCUGUGGAUCAUUAUCUUAAAACAAGACCUAUUUGUCAAGACGAUCAUACAUUCCUUAAAAUGUUGUUUGCUUUUGGCAUUUUGUUAAGCUUGGUCUGUCUGUCUUUCUUCUCCUAAAACCUAACAGGUACCCAUCUGUUCAAUAAAACUUAAUGUUGGUUUUGAGUAUUAAUGAUCUGGUCACAGUACAUUCCUGUUACUAUUGAAUUCAUUAUUCAUUGUUCUUAUUAUAUGACCACUCCUCUCUGAUUUAAUUUUUUUUAAAAAAGAAAGAAAACAUAGGAAACAUCAGUAACUGUCCUGAAAGGAUAAUGGGAUGUCACAAAAUUAAAGGAGUUCACCACUGAUAAGUGCAAAAAUUCAUGAAUCUAUUGUUUCGUAGUGAGAAUAAGUUUCUAAAAAUGAUAAUUUAAAAUGAUAAGAAAUUGGAAGAAGAGGAGCAUUGUAGGACAGCAGUGCUGAACAAGACCAGUAGCUCUGAUGAAGAAAAGGUUGACUAGAAACUCCUCUGAUGAAGCCACUGCUACAGCUACUGCAUAUGAGUGUGAGGAAUACUGAAGACCUGAGAAAUAGUACAAAAACUAUGGAAAAUAUGUAUUUAUAAAUAGUACAUGGUGAGUGGACCAAAAGUUAUAUUUGUUGUUCAAAAGCUAUGUAAAAGAUGCAA